CGGACCUCCCAUAGACUUGCAUUGAUUGGGCGUGGCGGGGCGUCACAUGGGGCGGAGUCGUGAUGUCACACUCUUCCGCCAUUGUGGUCGGGAUCCGAAGCCACAAGCAAUGCCGGUGUGAGGUGGAAGCCAUACAGCGUUACAACAAUGGCCCAUAUACAACAUAUCCAGGUGUUCCUCCACCAGGCAGCUAUGGCACCAACUACCAGCCAUAUACCAUUCAACCAGGUCCCCCACCACCUUACUACGUGACUGAAACACCAUCUUCAAACAAGUUGCCAUUUUCCUUCUUUACAAACCGUGGAUCCACCAUCUUUGGCGUUGUGGUGGUGAUCAUCGCUCUCACCGGAAUUGGUCUUAUCACUGCAUAUAAACUUAAUGCAUUUGGGAAUUCUUCUUCUACAUACAGCCAAACUAGAGAGAAGUGUCUUCCCAACAAGACUCUGUGUAAUGGAAUCUCUGAGUGCUCUGAAGGAGGAGACGAGGCUGGAUGCGUGCGCUUCAGGUGGGAUAACUCACUGCUUCAAGUUAUGUCACGAAGGCAGGAGAACCUGUGGUUGCCAGUGUGCUCCCAAGGAGUCAAUGUUAAUAACUUUGCUUCAUAUGUGUGCCGACGUUUUGGAUUUCAAGAAACCCCAUACACAACUCUUGUGACCAUGAAUGACAAUCCUUCCAAUAUAGGGCUUUUUGCCUCUGGAGGAUCAUCUGACUCCAUACAAGGAAGUCUGGACAGUGGAACUUGUACAAGCCAACAGUACCUGGCUGUGAAUUGCUCAGAUUGUGGGACGCGGAAGGAGAGCAGGAUUAUCGGUGGUACAGAGGCCAACUCUGGUGACUGGCCUUGGCAAGCCAGUCUGCAAGUUCGCAUAGAAACCCAUUAUGAGCACAUAUGUGGAGGCACAAUUAUCAACAACGUAUGGGUGGUGAGCGCGUCUCAUUGUUUCACCAGCCCAGUACCCAUUAACUACUGGAGGAUAGUGGCCGGCACAGUCAAUCUGAAUCAGCCCCAAAGCAUGUCAGGUGUUGCGGCUAUUAUUAGACAUGAGAAUUAUAAUGAAGAUACAGAUGACUUUGACGUGGCGUUGAUGAAACUAAGUAACCCGUUUACUUUCUCAAAUUCUAUUGGGCCUGCCUGUCUUCCAAUGACCCAGCAGAACUUUAACCCUGGCACCAGUUGCUUUAUCAGCGGCUUUGGUAAAACUGUAGCUUCUUCAAAGGAAACAUCCAACGUGCUGAUGAAGACAGAAAUUACCAUUAUCAGCACUUCAGUCUGUAACAGUUUUAAUGUUUACAAUGGUGCCAUAAGUGCCAGAAUGAUGUGUGCUGGGGACCUCAAUGGAGGAAAAGAUUCUUGUCAGGGGGACAGUGGAGGGCCACUGGUUUGUGCACAGAAUGGUCGAUGGUACUUGGCUGGAGUGACAAGCUGGGGCACAGGCUGUGGACAACCAAAUAAACCUGGAGUGUAUACUCGUGUUACAGAAGUCCUGCCAUGGAUAUAUACCAAAAUGGAGAUGGAGACAAAACAAUGACCUCAUAUGUACAGAGGAGGAAGAGGAUAAACUUGCACUGUGACACAAUAGAAGAAUAAAUUUCAAUAAUGGGUUAUGUAGUGUGGGAAGGGGUAUUUAUAAAACAUGGACGCACAAACAGCAUCUAACAUACUGUACCAUGAAUCAUCGUACAGCACUUUGUUACUCAAAAUGUCACAAUAGGAGAAGAAGAAGAAAUAACCAGGAGCUGACACAUCUCUACGUAAAGUGGCCUUCACGCCUUGAAGUGUGCUUGGUUAUAUAAAAGACUCCCAUGGUGGGCAUAAUGGAGAUGGUAUAAGAGCUGUAGUUGGUUAUAUUGUGUAAUUGUGGAUUGAAAGUUGCAUUAAGAAUUUGUUUAAGCUUACCCCAGUUAUAUAUUAUAAAUUACUUUAUGCUGUGUACUAAAGUGCUUUAAAUGGAAUACCUAUCUUUUUCUAGAUACGUAUGGCCAGAUAGUAUAAUAAAUCUAUUAUUUGUUUUACUUCGAUUCAUUUGAAAAACACAGAUUUUAAAUAAGUCUGGUUUAGGACUUUUUUAAAUACCCCCAUUAGGAAAAUUCUAGAGAAUUCUAAGAAUGAAGAGAGGAUACAAAGAACAUCUUUGCCCUGGAGGAAUCAAUAUGGCUGCAUGUCACGUGGACAUGUGGUGGGUGGUUUAAAAGGGACUGUGUUAUACUUUAUUUCCCCCAUGGUGGUGCGGCACAGGAUUUUAACACUUGCUGCUGAGUUCUCACAGGUUAUAGCUGUCCACGGGAGUUCCUAGAAACAGGAAAAACAUCACAUCAUUGUAUAGCAAAUUUUGGGAAGGAGUUAGGAGAGCAGUGGAUAGUAGACAGUUGUGGAUAAUGUGUCCUUGAGGACACCACCAAGCUGGAGUCUUAUGGCCAUGCAAUGCUCCCCAGAAAUAAAGGGAAGUAGUUCUCCUCCAAUAAAAGUAGAGCUUGUUUACGUGCCAUCUAUUGGAGGUAGCCUCCCUGUAUGUCAAUACUUGAACCCUUAACGAAGUGUGGUAUGCAGUUGAGCCUUACACGAAAGACCGCUCUGUUCUAGCACAGAUCUAAAAAAAGGUGUGGUCUGGAACAUGGCAAAUCUUGACUAGGGAGCCGGGCACAUAGAGUAAAUAAAACACAAGAAGGUGCUCCAUAGUGAAAAACCACCAGUGGAUGGCCCCGGUAAGAGAAGAUUGUGCUUACCGCAGAUUGUUGUGCAAACUCACACACCACAAUGGUUUAGGUGAGUGAGGAUAAAGGUUCUGUCCGCAGGCCUCCUGCUAAUAGGUAACAGACAAUGACGA